UUGCAAAGCAAAAACUACAAGGAGCUUUCCUCCAUACGAAUCAAAGGAGGAGAGAGAGAGAGAGAGAGAGAGAGAGAGAGAGGAGACACAGACACAAAGGAAACGGAAAAGCAAGAAAACGAAAAAAGGAUCUCAGGUCUGUGCCUCCUCUUACAAAUAAUAGCUAGUUUUUGAGACGAGAAAAAAAAAACUAGAUGGAUUAUGAAAGCAACAGUUGGAUUUGGGAGGGGGUAUACUAUUACCCUCGUGUUUUUGGUGGUCUAAUGGUUACAGCAGCCUUGCUGGGCUUGUCAACAAGUUAUUUUGGCGGAAUUGGGGUUCCUUAUUUGUCGUUGCCAUGUUCCUGGUCUAAUUUGGGGAUUUUCCACAAGAAGAAAUCUGGGAAGAGGCGCAUUCGGGUUUACAUGGAUGGAUGUUUUGAUCUGAUGCAUUAUGGCCAUGCCAAUGCACUCAGACAAGCUAAGGCUCUAGGUGAUGAAUUAGUUGUGGGUCUUGUGAGUGAUGAGGAGAUCGUGGGCAAUAAAGGGCCACCUGUUUUGUCCAUGGAGGAGAGGCUGGCCCUUGUCAGUGGAUUGAAGUGGGUGGAUGAGGUCAUAACUGAUGCUCCUUAUGCAAUUACUGAGCAAUUCUUGAAUCGUCUCUUUCAUGAAUACAAAAUUGACUAUGUCAUACAUGGCGAUGAUCCUUGCCUGCUUCCAGAUGGAACAGAUGCAUAUGCUGCUGCAAAGAAGGCUGGCCGUUACAAACAAAUUAAACGCACUGAAGGAGUUUCCAGCACAGAUAUCGUAGGAAGAAUAAUGUCUUCUUUAAAAGAUCCAAAAAAUCGUGAAAAUCAUGAUGGUACUAGUGUAAAACCUCAAGAAGAAAGCCAGUCAAAGGGUUCCCACAUAUCCCAAUUCCUACCAACUUCUCGACGUAUUGUUCAGUUUUCAAAUGGCAAGGGUCCUGGACCAAAUGCACGUAUUGUAUACAUUGAUGGGGCAUUUGAUCUCUUCCAUGCAGGGCAUGUCGAGAUACUUAAGAAGGCUAGGGAGCUUGGAGAUUUUCUUCUAGUUGGUAUCCACUCAGAUGAAACAGUGAGUGAGCAUAGAGGAAAUCACUAUCCAAUUAUGCAAUUACAUGAGCGUAGCCUUAGUGUGUUAGCUUGCCGUUAUGUUGAUGAAGUCAUUAUUGGGGCACCUUGGGAAAUUACAAAGGACAUGAUCACAACUUUCAAUAUCUCACUAGUUGCGCAUGGUACUGUUGCUGAAAACUCAUUAAACAGCGAAACAGAUCCAUAUGAGAUCCCCAAGAGCAUGGGAAUAUUCCGCUUGCUUGAAAGCCCAAAAAAUAUUACUACCACUACCGUAGCCCAAAGGAUAAUGGCUAAUCAUGAAGCAUACGUGAAACGCAAUGCUAAAAAAGCUAAGAGUGAGCAGAGAUACUAUGAAGAGAAAAAAUAUGUCUCUGGAGACUAGAGUGUAUAGAAUCAUCGUGCAGCUUAGUUUGGUACUGCUUUUCGAGCUUAACCGUGUCACAGAUAUGCUAGAUAUGGCAUGAAUGUAUACAAACUUUGUGAAGGACGAAGAGUACAUAGGGUAUGACAUAGAAGAGUAUUUUGGCCAUAACUCAGAAUACCAAUGUACUUUAAUGUCCUACGUUUUGUUUUGUCAUCUGAAAGGCUUCCAUAUGUAUGGUUUGCCUACCAAUUUUAUGGCAUUUGGUUUUUGCUGUGGUUUUGGUUUAUUUAGUGCACUCCUUACUCUGAUAGUGUAUUAUAACUAUCAGAAGUUAUACACAUCACGAGUGGUUCAGCGUUUAUUUAUUUCAACUUUAGCAUUAUUUGAUUAAUUUGGAGUGUGGAACACUCAUUGUUUCUUAUAG